AAAAGCUACUCAACUGGAACAGCAUUUGCAGUGAAGUGAAGAUUAAGAGACUCAAUUAGCUGUCGGCGUUGCUUGUUCUUUUUCCUUCCUUUGAACAUCGAGAUGAGACUAAAACCUACCUUUAUUUUGCAGAAACAAAGAUCUGCUCAACAAAUCCAUCUAUGAAGAGCCAGUUGGGUGCCCGUCUUUCUUUUUGCAUCCAGACCACAGCAGAUAAAGGCAUUCAAGGUAUCUGGAGAACAUGCUUCUAGAAACCGCGCGUUUGGCCUACAGCAUUCUGACAGGAUAAUUUUCGGGCACCAGGAGGAGGGGAGGAGGGAGCCUUUUCCGGCACUGCAGACUCAGCUCAAAAUGUGAGGUCCACCUAAGGAAGAACCCCACAGGAGACGGCAAGAACCUGAGCCACGACCGAUGGUGCCCAACCCUAUGGAGACUCUUCAGAACUGGUGUGGCAUGAACGCUGAAUUUGUCCCCUUGGAGAGGCUGACCAGCCUUCUUCUGGUGGAAGGGCUGACUGAUCUCCAACAGAAACAGCACGAUUUUGUCCAGAUCGAAACCACCAAAGGCUUGAGAAACACCUCCAAGAAGAUCCCCCUGGAGAAGCUUUUCCUGCCCCUGUCCAAAUACAGCAUCCCGCCCCGUACCUCUGUGACCAUCGGAGUGGCGGGCAUUGGCAAAAGCACUUUGGUAAAGUUCUUUGUCCACGCCUGGGGGAAGGGAGAGAUUGGGAAGGAAUUCGUCUUUGUGCUGCCUCUCACCUUCCGGGAGCUAAACGCUUAUGAAAAGCUUUCCGCCGAGAGGCUGGUCCGACUGGCAUGCCCACAUUUAACCGAGCUGAGCUUCCUCUCUGUGGGUUGUGCCAGGACGCUUCUCAUUCUUGACGGUUUGGAUGAAUUUAAGACCCUGUUGGAUUUUUCCAACACUGUCGUUUGCACAGACCUCCAGAAGGAGAUCCAAGUGGAAAACCUGAUCACGAACAUCAUCCGAGGCAACCUAUUGCAAGAGGUUUCCAUUUGGAUCACCUCUCGCCCUACAGCAACGAGCCAGAUCCCGGCGGGUCUCAUGGACAGGAUGACCGAAAUACAGGGCUUUGGUGAUGCCGAGAUUAAAGGCUGCAUAGAACACAUGUUUCCAGAGAGCCAACACUUAUCUGAUGCUGUGGUGCAUCAUCUCAAGACUAACCGCUCUUUGUAUAUCCUGUGCGCUGUCCCAGCAUUCUGUCGGAUCUGUGGGUCUUCGGUGGGCUACUUUCUGAAGAACAGCGAUUGCUCUCCAGAAACCUCAGCGGUUCCAAGGACAUUGUCGGAAAUCUACUCGCAUUAUUUUAAAAUGGCCCUCUACGGUGAGUGUCAAGGGAAGCAGAAAGAAGUCCUUCGGAUAGACCAGGUGGCCCCUAAUUUCAAGAAAGCAAUGGGCUGUUUAGGCAGGUUGGCCUUCUACGGCCUGAUCAAGAGGAAAACCAUGUUCCACGAGCAAGACAUAAAGGCCUAUGGGGUAGACCUCUCGUCCCUCCACGUCAGCUUGUCAAACAGACUCCUCCUGAAGGAAGAGACCCCCCUUUCAACCAUUUACUAUUUCCCCCACUUAACCUUUCAGGAAUUCCUGGCCGCCUCCUAUUAUUAUAGUACUGCCAAGCGUGCCCUUUUCGACCUCUUUGUCGAGAGUGGGAUGUCUUGGCCCAAGCUGGGCUUCUACAGCCACUUUAAGAACGCCAUCCAGAGAUCUCUACAGUCUGAGGACGGACACCUGGACCUUUUCGUGCGCUUCCUUGCUGGUCUUCUCUCCUCCCAGGUGAACAAGGCCCUCUCUGAUUGGUUCUUGGUGAGGGACGAGCAUCACCAUUACCGGAGUUAUGUCGUUGGCUUCCUCCAGAACCUUCUAGGGAUGGAACAAGAUGUCUCCUGCAGGACGGUAAACCUCAUGCGGUGCUUACACGAGAUGCACCACUUGGAAGUUGCCGUCGUCGUUGAGGAAGCGAUGAAAAAUGAGAACCUGGCUGGGGUGUUGACACCGGCCCAUUGCUCUGCCCUGGCUUAUCUCCUGCAGACCUCAGAGGUGUGUUCAGAAGAGGCGAACCUCUCCAACGGCCUCACCCACCACGCCUUCCGAAGUCUCCUCCCACAGCUUCUCUACUGCAGUAAUCUCAGGUUGGACUGCAACCAGUUUAAGGACGGCGCGAUGGACUUGCUGAGCAGCGUGCUGAGCGGGAAAGACUGCCAGAUCCAGAAGAUCAGCUUGGCAGAAAAUGAGAUUGGUAACAAGGGUGCUAAAGCUCUUGCCAGAUCCUUGAUGGUCAACAGGAGUCUGAUUUCACUGGAUCUUCGGAAUAACUCCAUAGGACCCAAAGGAGCAAAAGCACUCGCCGACUCACUGAGAAUCAAUCAGUACUUGCUUUCUCUGAAUCUCCAGAACAACGUGAUCAAGGAAGAAGGUACCAAAUGCCUGGGCGAGGCUCUCAUCCACAACCAGACUCUGAGGACUCUGCAACUCCAGAAGAACUCAGUAGGACCCCAAGGUUCAAAGAAAAUAGCAGAAGCGCUGAAGAAGAAUUCCGGACUCAGGGAGUUAGUAUUAUCGAGCAACUGUGUUGGAGAUGCAGGUGCAGCCGCCCUGGCAGAUGGCCUGAAAGUGAACCAUAGUCUUUUAACCUUGGACCUCCAGAGCAAUUCAAUCAGUGACACAGGGGUGACUGCGCUCACAAAAGCCCUCUGCUCCAACCAAGGUCUCACUGGACUCAACCUGAGAGAGAACUCCAUAAGCAAAGAGGGAGCCCGGGAGAUCGCAAACGCCCUCCGAGUCAACAGCACCUUGAGGAAUUUGGAUUUGGCUGCCAACCUGCUGCAGGAUGAAGGGGUCCAGGUCAUCGCGUUGGCACUGAAGGAGAACCGGGCACUCACGUCUCUGCACUUGCAGUGGAACUUCGUUCAGUCGAAAGCAGCCAAGGCCCUCAGCCAAGCACUACAGAUCAACAAAAGUCUUGCCGUCCUGGACUUACAGGAAAACGCCAUCGGGGAUGAAGGCGCCGGGGCCCUUGCUUCUGCCUUGAGGGUGAACUCAACCCUUACAGCUCUCUCCCUUCAGGUGGCGCAGAUUGGCGAGAGCGGGGCCAAAGCUUUGGCGGAUGCAUUGGUGAUCAACAAAAGCCUUGUGGUGCUAGACUUGAGGGGAAACGCCAUCGGUCUAGCAGGAGCAAAGGCAAUGGCCAGUGCCUUGAAAGUGAAUCGCACCCUCCGCAGUCUGAACCUGCAGGAGAAUUCCCUGGGCAUGGAUGGAGCCAUCUGCAUUGCCACAGCUUUGACCGGAAGCCACAGCCUCACUUACAUUAAUUUGCAGGGAAAUCAAAUUGGUGAUUCAGGAGCCAAAGUGAUUGCUGAUGCGAUUCGCACAAAUGUCCCCAGUUGUGUGGUGAAGAUGUAACGAGGACCCUUGCUGCUCCACACCCAAGGGGGUUUAGACCCCCCCCCAUACUAGAUGCUCCAUUGAUGGAGCCACGUGCCAAAAGAAGAGGCCACCAAGCAGUGACGGGAAGCGGCAGCAGACAGAAGUCGCCAAGAGGCUCAAGCUGAAGACGUGGUGAGAGGAAGCCUUGGCACCCCAUCAAGGCUUGCUUGGGUGACUCAAGGAUCUUGACAAGUGGCCAAAGUGUGGACGGUGUCCCUAUUCCUGGCUGAAGGCAUCUGUUAAAACUGUGGACAGUGGAGACAAGUAUGAAGUGGACCCACAAAAAACGUUGCCAAGAAAGAAGAUGGAAAAGGUAUUUAUUUGUGAAACACAGGAAUGCAUCCAGGAUGAGUCUGAAUAAAACUGUACCGUAUGCUAGGC